GGGAGGUGUUUAGGGCACGUCCAACUGGUAGGAGGCCACAGGGAAGACCCAGGACACGUUGGGAAGACUAUGUCUCCCGGCUGGCCUGGGAACGCCUCGGGAUCCCCCGGGAAGAGCUAGACGAAGCGGCUGGGGAAAGGGAAGUCUGGGUUUCCCUGCUUAGGUUGUUGCCCCCGCGACCCGACCUCUGAUAAGCGGAAGAAGAUGGAUGGAUGGAUGGAUUUUCUCUAGUGACUCAAAGCGCUUUACAUAGUGAAACCCAAUAUCUAAGUUACAUUUAAACCAGUGUGGGUGGGACUGGGAGCAGGUGGGUAAAGUGUCUUGCCCAAGGACACAACGGCAGUGACUAGGAUGGCGGAAGCGGGAAUCGAACCUGCAACCCCCAAGUUGCUUGCCGGCACGGCCACUCUACCAACCGAGCUAUACCGCCCCAUUAUAUUGGACGUCGACAAAGUGACCACAUGUCAGUCCUACUCGCUGCCAUUACAAGAUCAACACAUUUGAGGCUCCGUGGUAGGGGUGGGCGAUGUCGCAAAUUUGGGUAUCGAUACCAAUCCGAUACGAUACCGGCCAGUAUCGCCAAGAGCGGAACCGAUACCGGAAGUGUCGGCUUCGGGGUAUCGAUACUUUUGAAAAACAAAUUUGUACUUUUGCCUUUAUUAAUUGAUUAUGAUAAUAAUACAACACGGGACAACUAUUCAAGUCAAAAAAUAAAAUAUUUAUUACAAAAGUAAUAUCAAUAGCAAUAAAGUAAUGCAAAUAAGGUGCAAAUGUGAUGAGAUGUAAAUUUAGUUAGUUGUAUAUUUCAGUGAUUGUAUGUAGUGGAGUAGGCGCUUGAGUUAUAUUCCUGUGUCAUUUAAUAUUAAAAUAUGAGUAUUGUUAAAUGGCAACAGUAGAGCACCGUUAUUUGUAAUAUAGGGAGUUCAUUUUGUUGUCAUUCCAGCAUUAAUAAGAGCCAUUGUAAUACUGGGCGACUCCAGCAGGGGGCGCGUUGUACUGGGAGCUAUACUAAGAGGACACGUGACUUCCUCGCAGUCAUUUACAGACGUGUGCAGAACGGAGUUGUGUCCUUGUGUCUGUAUAACUAAAACAUCUCCCUUCUCAGGUUUCAUCUUCCUCCGACAAGAUGCCUGAGCCAGCUAAGUUCGCACCCAAGAAGGGUUCCAAGAAAGCCGUCACCAAGGCUGCCGGAAAGGGCAAAGGGACGCGCAGGAAGGGGAGGAAGGAGAGCUACGCCAUCUACGUGUACAAGGUCCUGAAGCAGGUCCACCCCGACACCGGCAUCUCGUCCAAGGCCAUGAGCAUCAUGAACUCCUUCGUCAACGACAUCUUCGAGCGCAUCGCCUCCGAGGCGUCUCGUCUGGCUCACUACAACAAGAGGUCCACCAUCUCUUCCAGGGAGAUCCAGACCGCCGUCCGCCUCCUGCUGCCGGGUGAGCUGGCCAAGCACGCCGUGUCUGAGGGCACCAAGGCUGUCACCAAGUACACCAGCUCCAAGUAAAAUGCUCCUGUAGAGACGUCCCAUUUCUGCUAAAACGUCUCUUUUUAGAGCAGCCGUACCACUGAUUUUCUUUCCGGACCACUAAGUAAAAAUUCAGGCAUAUAUAUACCUACUGUUUGGUCGAAUGUAAAGUGUGUUUCAAGGUUUACUGUUCUUGGGGACUCAUCGACCAUCGAAAAUCAACUUAUAUCAUCUCCAUUAUAUUUAACUAUGUGUGCUGUCUCCAAUUAAAAGGAUACAUACAUACGAUUGAGUGACUUUUCCUAAAGUUCA